AUGCCGCUUAUGAUGAAGGCGCCUCGGAACAGCUCCCCGACAGCCUCCGAUGUGUUCCACGCGAAUAUGGAGCAUGCGGACAUCGGAAUCCUUGCUAGCGGGAGUUCCAGAAGUAUACUCGCCCGCCCUAAGUACUCUACGCAUGUCUCCUCUCGCGCACAAGUGGCUACUGUCGCAGGCGCAAGUGGGCCGAGGUCAAUACCCUCUAAUCCUGUGCCCCUUGUUUCUCAUGUCCACACACCUUCACAGAUCCAAUCUUUCCAAAUGUCCAUGCUUGGGAGCAGUGCCUCUCUAGGCGAAGAAUCGACUGACAGCGAUUCUCUGACACAGCAUGGGCCUGGAAUCUCUCAUUCGUCAAUGCAUACCUCGUCCAAGCAAGCAUUACGAUUAUCACUACACAUUCAAGACGGUUCCAUGCCAAGAUCACCUGCAAUCUCUCAGACUAAUAUUACCGGACGUACAUCAUUUGGCUACUCGAGAGAGAAUGGUAGUACUUUGGAUACGACGUCACCAGUCUCAAGAUCAUCCUUAGAUUUUGUUUUUCGAUCUAAAACUCGGGGUAGCAUGGACCCCCUCGCUCGAGCAGCUACAGUACAAGCAGCACGUCAAGCUUUUGAAGAAAAAGAGGCGGCGAAGACCUGGAGAAUCGAGGCUCAACAAAUGAAAGCCGAGAAAAAACAGACUCGGCACAAGGAACGACACAGGCGAACUGGAAUUGAUCAGGUUGAUGUUGAAAGCACGAAUAAUGAGAAGCCUGCGCCUGAGACACUGCAGCCUUCAGAUUCACCAGGAUCACACCCAACUGGCUGGAAAUCCCAAUCAAAGAACACAUGGGUGCUUUUUUUGACAUGGUUACGCACCAGGGUUUUCAAGCUGCGGAGGAGGAUUAAGAGAAUAAUAUAA